AUGGUCAUCUAUCUAUCUAUCUAUCUAUCUAUCUAUCUAUCUAUCUAUCUAUCUAUCUAUUUUCAUUUCUUUCUUUUUCAGACACUAUCUAUCUAUCUUUUUAUCUAUAGACCUUUUCUUUAUCUAUCUAUCAAUUUUUAUCUUUCUUUCUUUUUACUUAUCUAUCUAUCUUUUCUUUAUCUAUCGAUCUUUCUUUUUAUCUAUCUUUCUUUUUUUCAUCUAUCUAUUUUUCUUUAUCUAUCUUUCAUUUUAUCUAACAUUUUUCUUUUUAUCUAUCUAUCUAUCUAUCUAUCUAUCUAUCUAUCUAUCUAUCUAUUAUCAUUCUCUUUAACUAUCUAUCUAUCGAUCGAUCUUUCUUUUUAUCUUUCUUUUUAUCUAUCUUUCUUUGUUUUCAUCUAUCUAUCUAUCUUUUCUUUAUCUAUCGAUCUUUCUUUUUUAUCUAUCUUUCUUUCUUUUCAUCUAUUUAUCUAUCUAUUGAUCUUUUUAUAUCUAUCUAUCUAUCUAUCUAUCUAUUUUCAUUUCUUUCUUUUUCAGACACUAUCUAUCUAUCUUUUAUCUAUCGACCUUUUCUUUAUCUAUCUAUCGAUUUUUAUCUAUCUAUCUAUCUAUCUAUCUAUCUAUCUAUCGAUCGAUCUUUUCUAUAUCUAUCUAUCGAUCUUUCUUUUAGCUAUCUUUCUUUUUAUCAAUCUUUCUUUCUUUUCAUCUAUCUAUCUAUCUAUUUUUUUCUUUAUCUAUCGACCUUUCUUUUUAUCUUUCUUUCUUUUCAUCUAUCUAUCUAUGUUUUCUUUAUCUAUCGAUCUUUCUUUUUAUCUAUCUUUCUUUCUUUUCAUCUAUCUAUCUAUCUAUCUAUCUAUCUAUUUUUUUCUUUAUCUAUCGACCUUUCUUUUUAUCUGUCUUUCUUUCCAUCUAUCUAUCUAUCUAUCUAUCUAUUUUUUUCUUUAUCUAUCGACCUUUCUUUUUAUCUUUCUUUCUUUUCAUCUAUCUAUCUAUGUUUUCUUUAUCUAUCGAUCUUUCCUUUUAUCUAUCUUUCUUUCUUUUCAUCUAUCUAUCUAUCUAUCUAUCUAUCUAUCUAUCUAUCUAUCUAUCUAUCUAUCUAUCUAUCUAUAA